AUGCUUGCGGGAUGUGAGAUUGGCACGAGCCCGUUGUUUGGAAGUCUAGGCGUGGGCGCGAGGAUGAUAUCGCCUCACGAAUGCGAAUGUCCAGCCUACGAUAUCAGCUUAUGUUUGCGACAGCACGAGCACUGCGUUGCCUAA